AUGAAUUUUAACUCUUUCUUCCUGUUGUUGAGCAGAGCAAAGCAACUUAUUGAACAGAAGAGACUUGAGAAAGAGGAAUCAGAAAAUCAGGUGAGUCCAAUUUUCUAAUCUAAAUACAGUUGUAGUAUUCUUUUUGUGGUUGUUAAAACUCAUGGUGUAGCUCUGCACUUUGUAAAUUAUGGAUGAAUUAUCUACUUGUAAAUUAAUCUUUUUAGUAGAUAUUUCUGUGAAAUACACAAUAUAGUCACUAACAUGUACUUGUUUGAACACUUUCUCAAAAUGAACGAUGUCAUCAAUCAAUCUCCAAAUAUUUUUCUCUCUAAGGCACAAACUUAUCAUUAUUAUUAUUAUUAUUAUUAUAUGAAGUAUAAUUGUUCAUAUUAAAAUAAUUAUUAGUAUUAUUGUUUUUAUAAGUUUGUUCUUAUCAUUAUCAAUCCUAUUCAAGUUCUCUUAAGGUUAUGUUUUUAUUUUGUCCAGAACUUCAUGACUUUUUUAAGCAGUUUUUUCCCUUGAAGCAAAGCUUUUUUGUUAAUAAGCCAACAUCAAGCUUAUCUCAUUUUCUGGAGCAUGACAUCACUAAGAGUUACGAAAUUCCCUUAAAAGCAAGGUAGUCCAUUCCAAGAUUCUUUCAUGUUUCCCAGACAGUACCCCUUUUAAAUGUUUAUAAACCUUGGUAGAGAGAGAUACUGUGAGAAUAUAUUGUCUUGUUCUUAAGAACACCACAAAAUGACCUUCUGAUCCUUUCAAUCUGAAGUCCAGUAUCUUACUUCUAGCCAAUAGGCAAUUAUGUUUCAGUUUUUAAUGAGUUCAUAAUAGUGAAAUAAAUGUUAUAAACCACUCACUGCUUUAGCACUAUGAUUUGGCAAAAUACAAAUUUGUUAUCUUCACUAGUGAAGAGAUGAUAAAGAGAAUUCUUUGCAUUCUAGGAAACCAAGAAGAAAGAAUUUGAUAGACGUCAUCAGGGACAAGAACUUGGUAAAGCAAAAAGGGACCGAGAAGAGAGACAGGCACAAAGUAUUGUGAAUCAAAUCAAAGAAGACAGAGCCAAAGAGCGGGCCCACAGGGAAGCUGUGCGGCAGCAGAUUGCUAGAGAUAAAGCAGAAAGGGAAGCUAGGCGACAGAAUGAGGUGCAGGAGAGACAGCGUGCUCAAGCUGCCUCACCCUCACCUUCAACUACCAUGACUGGAGGCAGUGAGGGGUUGGGAAAGACUGAGUGGUAAGUAAAGUAGAAAUACACUGAAACAUAUCAUUUGUACAGGCUUAGAGUUCUUGAAUAUCCUUCUCUUACAUUGUAAAAGUAAUUAAAGUACAUGUGAUUUAUAACAUCAGCCAUGAUUACUUUAGUUAUACAUUGUUGUAUUGUAUUUUUAUUAACUGCUCUGUACAUGCAACAGAGACUUUUUGUUUUUACUUAGCAAUUCUACCCGGCUCCAGUUUCGUCUUCCAGAUGGCAGUUUGUUAACAAACUCUUUCUCACCUGAUACUCCUUUGGAGACCAUCAAACAGUAUAUCAUCUCUGUGAGUAGUUAAUUUUUACAAGAACACAUAUGUGUAUAUAAUUAUAAAAAUGAGCAAAAUUUAAGGAGCUUUCAGAGAAUUCUAUCAAGAUAAGUAGAGGAGAAUUCAGUGUUAAAUGUAUUGGAACUAUAAUUGUUAGAUUCUUAUUUUAGGGGCCAGAAAUAGUUUUCUUAAUCUUCCUCCUAAACAGACUAGAUAUCUCAAUUCUUAGGUCUGCAUUAGACUCUUAAUAUCUGCAACCUUGCCUGUGUGUGUCCAAUCAAAGAUUAUCUUCAAGACCAUUUGAUUUUUGUCAAUUGUCCUCACAGCCAUCAACCCCUCCAAAACAUAAGUGAGAUCUUUUGACCAAAUUGGUAAUAAAUUUACUGAAAAUAAGUUUUAUUAAUUAUGUGAAUCUUUUCAAUUGUUCUCAGCAACUAGGACCCAGUUCCAGCUCAAUAACAAUGUUCACCACCUACCCUAGGCGGGAGCUGACUGAAGAAGACCUGUUAAAGAGUUUGGCUGAGUUAGGUCUGGCACCAAGUUCCACUUUAAUUGUAGCUGUGGUAAGUUUAAGAUCAAUAUUAGGUUGUUUUUAAAACAUUCAUCCAUUGGAAAGAGUGAAUAUUUGUCUCAUGUGAACCUGGCAUAUGGCCUGGCUUACCAAUGAGUUUUGUUUAAUUUGUGUAACUCAGAGUUAGGUAAUGGAAGUUAAAACUUUAGGAAAUCAAAGGAAGGUUGUGUUUUAGGAAAGCUUGGGUACCACAUGCAACCAACUUUAGCUUUUUCUUCAAUCCCAAUAAAUGUUUAAUCUUUUGUUGUGUUUGUUUUUAUUUUUCAUUGGUUAAUUAUAAUUGUAUUUGUGAAAAAUGUUUCCUUAAAUUCUUUGAGUGAAUUUCCACAUUCUCCCAUCAUUCAGAAAUUUCCCAAAACUUGAAAAGAUAAAUAAGCAAUACUAAACUUUCAUUUUACAGAGAGGAAGUAAUUCCCUCACUCCAUCUGGGACUUCAUCAUUCCCUGAACUGUUGUUAUGGAUUCUUUCACCUCUGUUCACACUGAUUAACUUCUUGAAAGCUUUCCUAUUUGGUAGUCCUGAUCAGUCUAGAGGGACACAGAAUCCUCCUUCACAGAGAACAAACAGCAGCACACAGUCACAACCAUCAAAGUGAGUCUUUUUUUGGUGGUUUGCCUUUUGUAAACUGCUGCAUAGUUUGUUGUUGAACUUUAUCACACUAGUUUGGUUGUUUGCUUGUUGGUGUUAAGAAUGAAAUUCUUUUCUCAAGAGCCAAAAAAGAAAAAGCAAAAAGAAUUCCCAGAUAUUAAGUUUGAAGAAUCUUAUUUACAGUCAAUUUUAUUGUCCAUUGUGUUUUUUGGCUUGUUGUUAGACAGAUAAAAGUUUUGUAGAAUUAAUCAACUUGUGAAUGCUUGAAAGUACACAUAUUUUUCCACUGGUGACUGUACUAAAUAUUCAAUUAUCACAAUUUGCAAAUUUCACAAAAACUAAGAUGGUCUCUUGUUUUAGAUUGUCAUUUCAGCAAGUAGAAUAUUGCUUUCUUGUGAAUUUGGGCUCAUAAGCUUUUCUAUCUUAUGAGAAAAACACAGCAAAAACAAAAGGUAAUGAAAGAAAUGCUCUUCUAGUCAAAUUCAGUCAUGAACAAUAUCUAAACUCCUUCCUUCCUAAGGUUACAUGCCAACCUUCUUGCUGUUUUUUUUUUGUUUUCUUCAUGGCAGUUCUGGUGUACGUCAUAGAGUCCCAGGUGGUGUUUCAUCUGUAAAGAAAGAAGGCGGAAUUCAUCGGCUUCACAACAGAGAUGAUGAAGAUGACGACAAUAACACAUGGAAUGGAAACUCUACUCAACAGAUGUAACUGAAUGAUCCAAGAUUGUUUAAAAUAUAUGGAGAGUUUAAAAUUUGGUCUCUAAUUUGGAAUAAUUCUUUUAAAAUAGAUUAGAGUGGAGAUGAGCUUGGCUGUUAGAGGGAUGAGAGUCUGUGACAAAUAAUUCAUUGAUACAGAAACAAUGUUCCUUUAGAAAGGAAUCAAACAUUUGUGUUAGCUCAUUUUUGUAUACAGUUCUAUGUUGUGACUAGCCUGUAUUGUCCAUUAUUCACAGAUUGUCAAAACAAUUGAAAAAGAAAACAGUUUAAAAGUUUUCUUCAGUGUGUUCGAUGGUUAAUGGCAACAACAAUUUUCAAUGUCUUGCCCAAAGUUGUAACUAACUUCCAGUUGUCAUGACAGUUACAGUUAAAAUGUCAAAGGAUAUCACUCCCCAGUCCCUCAAGAAUGCAGAGAGAAACAUGGGACCAAGACUAAAAUAAAACAUACUAUUUAAAUGAUAUUGGAGUGAGUGGUAUUGAAUAAAAGAAAAGGAUGUUUUUAAAUAAUCUACGUAAAUGAUGUUCGUUUUUUUGAAAGCUUACAUGUAUCUGUCAGGGACCUCUGUUAGACCUGAUGAUGUAGUGGUUUUUCUGUUUUUUUUU